UAUCGUGUGUGUGUGUGUGUGUGUGUGUGUAGAGAGAACAGAAUUUACACAACAAAGAGCCUCAUGAAUAUGAAUAAAGCUGGACGAUCCGUGUAGAAGAGAGAAGGCGUUACUUUAAUCCCCCGGUUUCAGCAUCAGCUCGAGGGUCAGAGCCGAGUUACAGAUCAGAGAUCAGACCUUAUUCUCUAAGUGCUUUAUUCCGCCGGUUCCCCGGUAUGAUAGUGAGAGGAACGCUGUCGCGCGCGCUCCGGUGUGCGCUGAGCUCGUGCGCUCAGAGACGCGCUCAUCUCUCCGUGGCUAUUGUCGGUGCUCCGUUCUCUAAAGGACAGAAAAGGAGAGGAGUGGAGCUCGGACCCAAAGCCAUCAGAGACGCAGGACUGGUGGACAGACUGUCCAGCUUGGAAAAUGCUGUGCAUGAUUUUGGAGACCUGAGUUUCGAGCUCCCAGAGGAGGACGACCGGUUCAUGAACGUUCCCUUCCCACGUACGGUGGGCCGAGCCAAUCAGAUUCUGUCGGACGCUAUGAGCAGAGCUGUGGGGGCGGGACAUACGGCUGUCAUGCUAGGAGGAGAUCACAGCUUGGCCAUUGGCUCGGUUGCGGGCCACGCCCUGCAGCGUCCAGAUCUUUGUCUGAUUUGGGUCGACGCGCAUGCAGACAUCAACACACCCAUGACCUCACCAUCCGGAAACCUCCAUGGCCAGCCUGUCGCAUUCAUGCUCAAAGAGCUGCAGGACAAGAUGCCAGCGGUCCCUGGUUUCUCCUGGAUGAAACCAUUUCUCACAGCUAGAGAUCUGGUUUAUAUCGGCUUGAGAGACGUAGAUCCGGGCGAGCACGUUAUUCUGAAGAACCUGGGCAUCCAGUGCUUCACCAUGCGGGAUAUUGACAGAAUGGGAAUGCAGAGGGUUAUGGAAGUGACGCUGGAUCAUCUGCUGGCAAGGAAGCCGCGGCCCAUCCACCUGAGCUUCGACAUCGAUGCCUUCGAUCCCACUCUCGCUCCAGCUACAGGAACUCCGGUGAACGGAGGACUGACCUACAGAGAGGGAAUCUACAUCACGGAGGAGAUUCAUAACACAGGUCUGUUGUCUGCGAUGGAUCUGGUGGAGGUGAACCCGGCGCUGGGUGCGAGCUCUGAGGCGGUGGAGGCCACCGCCGCUCUCGCCGUGGACGUCAUCGCUUCGUCUCUGGGUCAGACUCGUGAGCUGCAGGACACCGAACAGCUCGGCCUGUAGAGCCGCCACGACUCGGACUGAAAAUCAAACCCGCUCUGCAUUCCAAAGUGUAAACACAGACACGUGCACCAGACAGAGACUGUGACAGUUCAGAUCUUUCAGAGAGAAUGAACUACAAGAGCUUGGAGAAAGAAGAGAGGAAGAGAAAGAGAGAGGGAGCGAGGGAGCAUGCCUCCCUCACAAAUAAAACGCACACACACACGUACAGCAACAUGACUGACGCCAGCUAGGACAGAAGGCGUCUCUAUUACAUACUAAUACAUGGUUAAAAUGACUGUUCACUGAUUUUAUGCAAAAGUUUGAACUUUUAAUAAUUUACCUGUUGGUUAUCUUUAAAAAAGGAGUCUUUUGGGGAAUCUUUCUCACACGUGACCUAAAGCACGUUACUGUCCCCCCUUAAUGUCACCAUGACAACUCUGAACGGUUGAAUGUUUGUGUUUGAGUGCUUUUCUUUUUGUUGUCACUAAAUAAAUUGACUUUUCAUUUCCUAGUCA